GUGUGUGUUAUAUGUAGGUACGUCGGUAUUAUUACCCAUGCGAACCAUUUUGCUCAUAAUAGUAAUAAUGAUGUUGGCCAUCAUCCUUCCCUGUAAGCGCCAUCACUCCCUCACUCCUUCUGCCUCGCCUCCGUCGCAGCGCCGAAGGAGAGCCUGAUGGCGUGGCAAGGAGGCGUGUCCUGGAGCCUCGAGUCCCUCCUCAGUCGCUGCCUCUACGCCCUCGCGCCCGUGCUCGCCGCCCUCCUGCUCAGCCAGAUCUACAGGAGGCAGCAGAAGAUAUGGCUGAUCGAGCAGCUCCCCGGACCCAAGGGGCUUCCGCUUCUGGGAAACCUCCUGCACAUGUGGGUCGACCACGAAGAACUCUUCCGGCGCCUCUGCAAGAUCUGCGAACUCGGCAACGUUGCAAGGUUCUGGGUCGGAAGCAAGCCCUACUGCAUCGUGAGCAGCGCCAGGGCGGUUGAGACAAUUCUCAGCAGUUCGAAACACAUCGACAAGAGCUGGGACUACACGCUCUUCCGCCCUUGGCUUGGAGAAGGACUGGUCACGUCCACAGGUGUCAAGUGGCACACGCGCAGGAAGAUGUUGACGCCCGCCUUCCACUUCAAGAUCCUGGAAGAUUUCGUGGACGUCUUCACAGCUCAAGCCGAAACGCUGGUUGAAAAACUGAAGACCAAGGCGGACGGACGGCCAUUCGAUAUCUACAAUGAUAUCACGCUGUGUGCUUUGGACAUUAUAUGUGAAACAGCCAUGGGGAGGAGCAUCAACGCCCAGAGAAACUCCGGCUCAGAGAUCGUGAAAGCCAUUCACAACCCCUUCGCUAGGAUGGGGACCUUGAUCCAGUUCCGGCAGUUCCGUCCGUGGCUGCAUUCCGACUUCGCUUUCCGCCUUAGCAGCUACGGCAGGGAGCAAGAGAAGUGCCUGAGGGUGAUCCACGGACUCGCCACAGACACUAUUGAGUUGAGGAGGAAGGCAAGGCAAGAGGAAAAGAGAAGGAGGAGAGAGGAAGAAGGGAGAAGAGAAGAUGAUGCCCGUGCAAAAGCAUUGCCGUCAUCUCAUCCUCCUUAUACAUGUAAUCGUCGUUGCUGCUAUUAUUAUCAAGUCGAAACUCCUCGAAAAUGUAUCUCUCCAUUUCUUCUCUUCCCUUCUUCCUCCCUUCCUCUCCAACCAAAAGGCAUCCCCGGCCAGAAGACCCGCCAAGCCUUCCUGGACCUCCUUCUGGAAUAUUCCGAGAAGGACCCAACGAUUACGGACGAGGACAUACGCGACGAAGUGAACACCUUCAUGUUCGCCGGACACGACACCACCUCCGCCGCCAUGAACUGGUUUCUGUACGCCAUGGGGAGCCACCCGGACGCACAGGAGUGCGUUUUCGAGGAGAUCGAAGCUGUGAUGCAGGGUUCCGACGGAGCGCCGUCCGCGGCCGACCUGCGGGAGAUGAAGUACCUUGAGCUGUGUCUGAAGGAAACUCUGAGGCUCUUCCCUCCGAUUCCCAUGAUCAUUAGAGAGCUGAAGGAAGAUGCCGUUAUUAGCAACUACAGCAUCCCCGCCGGCACGAGCAUCGUGAUCCACGUUUUCCGCCUCCACCACGACCCGGAGCAGUUCCCCGACCCGGAGGUGUUCGACCCGAAACGCUUCCUGCCCCAAAACUCCAUCAGGAGACACAGCUACGCCUACGUCCCCUUCAGCGCCGGCCCCAGGAACUGUAUCGGGCAAAAGUUCUCCUUCCUCGAAAUGAAGGCCAUCCUGUGCAGCAUCCUUCGCAAGUUCCGUGUGGAGAGUGUCGUCCCUCGGAAGGACCUCAAGCUUCUGGCAGAGCUGAUCCUUCUUCCCAAGGGCGGGAACCUCGUGAGACUGUUCCCCAGGGUUGAAGGAGACGACGGGCGGUGUGGAGAUAAUAAUCCAAGAAGUCAUGGUGAAAGCGCAGUCUUUGGUUUCAGUGCGACGCUUGGGGGAUCUCAGGCAGUUUCAGGGCUGGACGCUGAGGGAGCCCCACAUCUUGAGGCGCGAGUGCGAGCGAGCCAGACGACAAUGGAAGAGGGGCGCUCGUGGCUGGGCAUCGGGUCGCCCGGCCUGCCGACCUACAUCCUCCUCACCACAUGCCUGGCCGUCGUGAUGACCUGGCUUUACAAAAGACAGCAGAAGGUGUGGCUGGUGGAGCAGAUGCCCGGGCCGAAGGCUCUGCCGCUCGUCGGAAACUCACUCUUCUUCUGGGGCAGCCCAGAGGUGCUUUUCCAACAACUGUACAAGGUCACGGAGUUCGGCGACGUGGCGCGGUUCUGGCUGGGCCCGAAGCCGUACUGCAUGCUGAGCAGCGCCAGGGCGGUCGAGUCGAUCCUGAGCAGCCAGAAGCACCUGCACAAGAGCUGGGACUACUCGCUGCUUCAUCCUUGGCUCGGCGAAGGACUCAUCACGUCUGCGGGAAGGAAGUGGCACUCCCGCAGGAAGCUCCUGACGCCCGCCUUCCACUUCAGGAUCCUGGAGGACUUCCUUGACAUCUUCACAUCCCAGACAGACACGCUGGUGAGGCGGCUGCGGGCGCGGGCGGACGGGCGGGCAUUCGACGUCUUCCAUUACAUCACCCUGUGUGCGCUGGACAUCAUUUGCGAGACGGCGAUGGGGCGGCGCGUCAACGCCCAGGAGGAUUCCGAGUCGGCCUUCGUGAGGGCCAUCCACGACCUGUCUUCCCUGAUCCAGUUCCGGCAGUUCCGGCCGUGGCUGCAUCCCGACUUCGUAUUCCACCUCACCAGCCACGGCAGGAAGCACGACGCCUGCCUCAAGGUCAUCCACGACCUCGCCAAGCAGACGAUUUCCAUGAGGAGGAAGGCGCGGCGGGCGAAGGGCCUCGGGGCACAGAAGAAGGCCCAGGUGGAUGAGAUCGGCCAGAAGACCCGCCAGGCCUUCCUGGAUCUCCUUCUGGAGUAUUCCGAGAAGGACCCAACGAUCACCAACGAAGACAUCUUGGAGGAAGUGAACACCUUCAUGUUCGCUGGCCAUGACACCACCACCGCCGCCAUGAACUGGUUCCUGUAUGUCAUGGGCACGCACAGGGAGAUCCAGACUCGCGUACAAGAGGAGCUGGACGAGGUGUUCCAAGGCUCGGAUCGGCCGCCGACCAUGGCUGACCUGCGGGAGCUGAAGUACCUUGAGCUGUGCAUGAAGGAGUCCCUCAGGGUCUUCCCUUCCGUCCCCGCGAUCAUCAGGGAGAUCAAGGAGGAAAUUCAGAUUAACAACUACCGCAUCCCGGCCGGCACGUCCAUCGCAAUCCACGUGUACCGGAUCCACCGCGACCCGGAGCAGUUCCCGAACCCGGAGGUAUUCGAUCCGGACCGCUUCCUGCCCGAGAACUGCAACAAACGCCAUCCCUACGCGUACAUCCCCUUCAGCGCCGGACCCAGGAACUGCAUUGGUCAGAAAUUCGCGCAGUUGGAGAUGAAGGUCGUCCUGAGUUCCAUCCUGAGGAACUUCCGCGUGGAGAGUGACAUUCCGUGGAAAGAUAUGAAGGUCCUCGGGGAACUCAUCCUGCGUCCCAAGGAGGGGAAUCCCCUAAAGCUUCUUCCCAGGAAAUAGAUUUAGGUAUAUAAAGUUUUAUAACAUUUAGUUUUCUUUAAAAUAUGUAAGAAAAAAUUAUAUUAAAUGUCAAUAUAUAUGUUCAGUAUGUGUAACUUCUUCCUUACUGAAGGUACAUUGAGACUAUAUUCUCUAUACUACCAUCUAGCACGACUUACAUUCUCUUCAUAAAUAUUUUAUUCUCAGCAACUGUAAAAAUAAAACAAAUUACACUUUCCUGCAAA